AUGCUAGUCUUGGCCAAAACCAAGACCCUUGCCGUGCCUCCUCGUCCGACUCGUGAUCGGGGACCUGGUUCGAAUAAGUCUUGUGAUCCGGUAAAUGAGGUUCCGACCAAACUACACACACUUGAUAGUCGUCAGGAUUCGAACAAUAGUGUUUACUUCAAUAUGUGGGAAGCAGGAGAUGGAGAGGAUGACUCUUUGACAGCACCUCCACUGUUACCAAACCCCAAUCCUAACGUGUCUGCGGCACCAACCGUCCUCUCUAGGCGUCCUCAAGGCGCUACAUGUAACAGUCGAGUAUAUCGACGCAGUCAGUUAGUCACUUCGGACUAUCACCCCUUACCGUCCCUGACUCAGUCAAUGCCCAUGGCGUCCCAACAUUCAGUCGCCUCCUCUAUGCCAAGAACCGAAGCCCCAUGUCUUCCGGGAAACAAACCGUUACCUCCUCCAAGGGCUCCCAGUACCGUGAUUUCCGCUGUGACCUCUGCCACUCAACCCGGCUAUCAAUCUGGUCCUAACACACUAGUUCGUGCACCGUCCAUCGAAGCGUGCGUCCCGUUUUUGAGACGGAUUUGUACGAUAUCCUAUUGUGAAGAUACCGGUUUUGGAGCUUCCGCUUGUACGAUUCAACAAACUGGCGCAGUCGAUGAAAGCUAUCCCUCUCUAAUGGUCUUUGCGGGUGUUUUGUACCGCUUGUAUUCUCUAACAAUCAUGAAUGGUGGCACUGUGUCCGAUACCUUCACCGGUGGUGGUGGUCUGUUGAUUGGGCACAACGUGGAAGUACUGUUGUAG